AUGGCUUCCACAGUGAGCCAGCCCAGAGACACCUUGCUGGAAGAUGGGAUGCCCUCUGCCAAGAAGCCCAGGAAGCUGUUGCCAAGCCUCAAAACCAAGAAGCCUCAGGAACUCGUCCUGGUGAUUGGGACAGGAAUCAGCUCAGCAGUUGCUCCACAGGUCCCAGCUCUCAAGUCCUGGAAGGGCCUCAUCCAGGCCCUCCUGGAUGCUGCCAUUGACUUUGAUCUGCUGGAAGAUGAGGAGAGCAAACGCUUCCAGAAGUGUCUCCAUGAAGACAAGAACUUGGUUCACCUUGCCCACGACCUCAUCCAGAAGCUGUCUCCGCGCACAAGCAACGUCCGCUCCACCUUCUUCAAGGACUGUCUGUAUGAGGUCUUUGAUGGCCUGGAGUCCAAGAUGGAAGAUGCUGGCAAGCAGCUGCUGCAGUCUGUGCUUCACUUGAUGGAGAAUGGGGCCCUGGUCCUAACCACCAACUUUGACAACCUGCUGGAGCUCUACGCCGCUCACCAGGGGAAGCACCUCGAGUCGCUCGACCUGACUGAUGAGAAGAAGGUGCUGGAGUGGGCGCAGGAGAAGAGGCAGCUGAGUGUGCUGCACAUCCACGGUGUGUACACCAACCCCAGCGGCAUCGUGCUGCACCCCGCCGGAUACCAGAACGUGCUGCGGAACACCCAGGUGAUGCGGGAGAUUCAGAAGCUCUAUGAGAAUAAAUCAUUCCUGUUCUUGGGCUGUGGUUGGACUGUUGAUGACACCACGUUUCAGGCCCUGUUUCUAGAGGCUGUCAAGCACAGGUCAGACCUGGAGCACUUCAUGCUGGUGCGGAGGGGAGACGUGGAGGAGUUCAGGAAGCUGCGUGAGAACAUGCUGGACAAGGGCAUCAAGGUCAUCUCCUACGGCGAGGCCUACGCAGACCUGCCGGAGUACCUGCAGCGCCUGGCGGCAGAGAUCGCGCUGCGGGGACAGGCAGGUGUGCCCAGGGGGGGCCAGCAGCUGAAUGGCUCUGCCAGUGCCCAGGCCGAGCUGCAGAUGGCAGGAGGCACCACCUGAGCGUGGCCUCAGCCCAGGA